UUUUGCCUUUUUAAGUAGUGUUAACAGUUCAUUGGUAAAUUUUGUGGCUGUGGCAAUUUAUCAAUUCUUGAAUAAAUGUUUUUACUGUUUUUCCAUGUGGAUUCAAGUAUAGAGAAGGAAAUUGGAGCAUUGCAAUUAGAAGAAAAGAAGCUUGUCGCUGAGAUAAAGAGAACGGCUAAAACUGGAAAUGAUGGAGCAACCAAAAUUCUAGCUCACCAGCUAAUCAAGCUUAGGCAACAAAUAGCAAACUUACAAGGUAGUCGAGCUCAAAUAAGAGGAAUAGCAACUCAUACACAGGUGGACUGUCAAAGAACUGUGCCACCAAGGCAAUGGCAGCCAUGA